CUUCAGCCAAGGGGUGGCUUUGACGUUGGCUCCGAGGAGGGGUGCAGAAGGUGUUCGAUCGACCCACGUACCCGCGGUGGUCCCCGCGCUCUCACUGCGACAGAGUUCAGUCAGUCGGUCGGACUCUUCCACCGUGGAUACGCGCGCGCAUCUAUACACAAUUUAUCAACCCUUGGCAAAAAAACAUACCUAUAUAUAUCUAUAUCUAUAUCUAUAUACAUAUAUAACACGCCAGUAGGAAUUAUUACUCCAAUAUAUAGAAUUGUCACACGGGAAAAUUAUUUUUGUAUUCUUUGUCAUAUUUUUGUCGAUAAAAAAAAAGGGAUAGUAAAAAUAUGUUUGUUUAGAUUUUACACAAAUUUGGAUUGAAACAUAAAAGAAAAAAAAAUUGUGACCUUUUUUUUUUGUUAUAUCAUAUAUAUCUUCGUGUUAAUUGUUUUGAUAAAAUAAAAAGGGAUUAUUGAGAAUCGGGAGAAUCGGGCACAUGGGCACUGACUGACGCACGAGGGAUGCGGAAGGCAUGGGUGACGUUUCAAACUGGGCAAUAUGUUCCUUCCUCCAGUAGUACUCACAGAGCUUGCUGAAAUAGAAGAUCCGUGUGGUUUUACUGAUUAUUAAAUUACGAUAUACUUUGGUUAUCUAAAAUUUGGAUAUCAUUACGAUAUCACAAGAAGAAGAAGAAGAAAAAGAAAAAGAAGAAGAAGAAAAAAAUUUAACCGUGAAGAUGAGGAUAGCUACGAAGUUACGAGUCAACAUCCUUUUUGGCUGGAUCUUUUAUCUCUUUACGUUUCUUCUACUUCCAACACGAAUAAGUGCUCUUGAGGAGAACUGUACGGAUUUUCAAGGUGGAACAGUUAGGCAUGGACUUCUCUAUGUGCCAGGACCUGCGGUUUGUAGCUUGUGCGUUUGUUAUCACUCGGAGCCGAUGUGGUGCCAAGCAAUAUACUGUACACCCCCAUAUAGAUGCAAGAAAUUCCGUGUUGGUGAGCGUUGUUGCGAAUUCGAGUGUUUGGAUGGCAUAGAUGAUGCACUGGAUUGGACCGGACCGGAUUUAAUAAUUGUCGAUGGAUCAUCGAGGAUACAGGAUCAAGGAGUCUUCUGGUUGACGACAUCUCUUGUCGCUCUUCUCUCCCUGUCCUAGUUUCGAGACCAAUUACCUGCUGCUGUUGCUCUUGUUGCUGUUGCUCUUGUUGCUGUGUACCAAAUGCGAUGAAAUCUCAUCUAUUUCUAUUAUUUCGAUCGAAAAGAAUAGUCAUUAAAUGAGACGUUUGGCCAAUAAGAUAAAAUCGUCCAAGUUACAAAGAGUCGUCGCCAUUUUUCACGAAUCCAAUCUAAUCUAAUCUUCUUCUUCUUCAACGAAAGAAAAAAAAAGUUAUCGACCGACCAUCCGUACAAUGAUUUUUCGAUCAAUGAAUUAAAAAGAACGAAUAAUAAAAAAAAACAACUAAAGAAUAAGGAAGUUCAAUCGUAGAAAAAUAUGACGAUUUGAAGAUUUAAACACACAAAAAAUAUAUAUAUGUAUGAAGAAAUUUGUUUUUUAAAUAUUUGUUUUACUUUUGACAAGAAGAAAGAUUAUAUGGGAUACGAAAUAAACGAACGAUCAUGUGAUAAAUUCAUUAAUGACUUUAAUUAGCCAGGUAUUUAGGGGAGGUUUGUGUGUGUGUUGUUAAUCAAGGACAUUGUAGGUAAUAAAUAAAAAAGAUAUGACAGGUUAAUGAAAGAAAAAAGGAAAAGCAAGAAAAGAAAAGAAAUGAUUAUAUCUAAAGCCGUCUGAUCAUUUAAAUUUAUAUAAUAUAAUAUCAUUCUAACUCAUCAUAUACGAUGAGUUAAUUAGAAUCGAUCUGUGAUUAGAUGCAAAGUGAUGCCCCCGGAUAUACAUGCAUACAUUUAAAUACACAUAAACACAUAUAUAUUAAUAUACAUAAAUACAUACAUAUAUUAACUUAAAAUUUUCUUAUACGUAAAUACCUCUUCAUACCUUUCCACCUCUUUUUUCGAUAUAUUAUAUAAUAAUAAUAAUAAUAAUAAUAAUAAUUAUAUUAAUAUAAUUAUAAAUAGAUAAUUAGAAUAGAUUAAAUUCAGUCGUUACGUAUCGUCGAAGAUUAAAACGGGAAUUUAAAAAUAAAAAAAAAAAAAAAGAAGAUAAAAAUAUUGGGAAAGAGAAAACGGGGCCGUAGUUCGCGAAACGCCGGCUAUAAUUUCAUCCAGAAUGAUCUAAUUGUUUUUUCUUGCAUUUUAUAGAGCGUUUGUCUCCAUUGGGUUGCUUAGAGAAAGCUUGUAGUUAUUUUUGUUAAGAGAAUAAAAAAUAAACCUCGAUCUUUGAGAGGGAGAAAGAGAAAGAGAAAGAUAGAGGUAAAUAUAUUAAAAUAUUUCUAAAAAAAUUGUUACGAGCUUUUGUUUGACGAAUCCUAAGAUAUUGUUGUAUGUCCUUUUAAAUACACAACACGAUGAACACUCACAUACUUGCAUACCUCAAACAAAAAAUAACAUAUCAUCUUCGGAAAGAAAAGAGAAAAGAAUUGAAGUAAGUAAAAAUGUUAAAAGUAAUUUAGAAAAAGGAAAAAAUAAAAAGAAAAGGAAGAUAUGAUGAACGUGAG